AUGUUUCUUGGACGUCUUGUUCUUCCAUGGUCUGUCGUACUAGUCAUUCAUCAUUAUCGCGCACCAGUAGUGCUUUUUGUGGUUUCCUCUCUCGCACUAUUUGUUGCCUAUAUUUCGCUUACGAUGACACUGCGUGCUGUACGAGUUUUCACACGUAUCAAUGCCGUAAAUCAUUUUUCAAAUUGCGUAGAAAGGGAGAUAGGCAGUGGGGAGGUGGUGAUUAAACAGAAGAAAUCACGAAAUGGCCAGUACGUGGCGCUGAUCAACAAAGAUGACACGAAAUGCGAGGACUGCAUUGCUGAUGACGACCUGGAUGAUAGGGAUAUCAUCUUGCAUAAUGAACAGGAUUUGGGUAAAUACGCCAUCUGA